CCUUUAAACGUCAUGAUAAUUCCCGUGUGGUGGAAACAAGGAAUUUCGAACCAUCGUAUUCGGGCACGUCUCAGAAUCGCUUCAAACGGCGUCGUGAUCGGAUCAGAACGUGUUUUCUUCUUUUAAGAUACAAGAAAUAUAUAUGAGCUUUGUACAUGUACAUAAAAACGUCCAUUCACUGUGGUCAUGAAUCGUCUUGUGCUAAUAUUUAUUUGCAACUUUUUAUAUAUUUAUUUAUCUCAAGCUCUAUAUGAAAAGAGAGAAGCACCCUCGGAAUUGUCGCCACAGAGACUCGAGAGAUUUAUCUUUCCAUUUUUUCGUAUCCAUCGCAUCCCUCACGACAUUGACUUACCAGGAUGCCCACCCGAUCAUUUCGCAUGCAACGAUGGCAAAUGCGUAGAGAUGAACUGGAAAUGCGAUGGAAUCCCGGACUGUAAAGAUGGCGAAGAUGAAGCAAACUGCAAAUACAGUAGCUCAUCACGUUCUAACUUAAAAUGCAGCAAGCAUGAAUUCAAAUGCAAAAAUAACAUAGAGUGUAUACCGCAAGCAAAAUUCUGCGACGCAAAAGAGGAUUGUCAGGAUGGAAGUGAUGAGUACGAUGGCUGCGUAAAUGACUUGCCAUGUGACGACAAGUUCCGGUGUAGCGACCGACAUUGCGUAAUUAAAGAAUGGGUUUGCGAUGGCAGCGAGGAUUGUUCUGAUGGCAGCGACGAAUGGAAUUGCAAAGGAGAAAAUAGAACGUCAUCCGCGAGCGAUUGUAAAAUAGAGAAUUACCAAUAUUUCUGCGGAAAUCAACGAUGCAUAUCUCUUAACGCCGUGUGCAAUAAAAAGGAUGACUGCGGCGAUGGAUCAGACGAAGGUGCCGGUUGUACACCAUCCAAAUGCCCCAGCUCGGUAAAAUGCGAUCACGAAUGCAAACAAACACCUAAAGGAAGUAUAUGUCUCUGUAGACCGGGUUAUAAAUUACAAAAUGAUAACCGCACUUGCAUAGAUAUUAAUGAGUGUCAGACUUAUGGUAUAUGCGAUCAAGAAUGUGUAAAUUCACAGGGAUCAUAUAAUUGCAUGUGUCAAAAGGAUUAUGUCUUGCAAGGCGACAAGAAAACUUGCAAAGCGCAUGCUGGCGAGGCUACGAUAGUGUUCUCUACAAGAACCGAGAUUGUCGGGAUGUAUCUCGACUCGAAGAUAACAUUUAAAAUUGCGUCAAACUUAAAUCAUGCAGUCGGUGUUGCUAUGAACGGUGACGACGUAUAUUGGUCGAAUUUUAAAGGAGACAGCGAGAUGAUUGUAAGAAAAAUUCACAACAGUAAGGAGCAAGAAUCAAUCGUUACAACAGGCUUGUCGUUGAUAUCGGGGAUAGCCGUAGAUUGGAUCACAGAAAAUAUAUAUUUCACGGACAUGGGUUAUCAUCGUAUCGGAGUUUGUAAUAACAACGGCAUGUAUUGCACCGUAUUAAUCAAUGAUACUGAUAAACCAGCGGGAAUUGUUUUAUUACCAACUCGUGGAGAAAUGUAUUGGUGCGAUUGGGGGGGCUCCAAACCACAUAUAUCGGUGGCGGGAAUGAACGGGAAAAACAUCCGCAUAUUUGUCUCUGAAAGCUUAGGAUGGCCGAAAAGCAUGACUAUUGAUUAUCCGAACGAUCGUUUAUAUUGGGUGGAUGCCAAGUUAAAGAUAAUCGAAUCAAUACGCUUAGACGGCACCGAUCGAAGAGUUAGUUGUAUCCGUAUCCUUGGUACUGGAUUGAAACCUGCAAGUCUUGCUGUCGCUGGCGACAAUAUUUUUUGGGCUGAAGACGGUUCGGACAAAAUAUUCUGGACAGAUUUUAAAAACACCUUUCGUUUAAACCAAAAGAAAAUCGCAUUCCAUGUGCCCAAUUUAAAUACACUUAUGCGGAAGUUUGUGAUAACUUUGCGUAAAGAUGUUUUGCGUCAGGAUCACGAUUGUCAGAAAAAUAAUGGACAUUGUUCACACGUGUGUUUGCUUUCCUCUAUCACUUCGUUUACUUGCGCUUGUCCUCCCGGAUUGGGGCUGUCAUAUGACAAUCGUACGUGCAUUGCGUAUGAAUGCUCUAGGAACGAAUAUAAAUGCAGGGGACACAACAUCUGUAUAUCAAAGACGAAAUUGUGCGACGGUAUCAUACAUUGCCCGAACGGUGAAGACGAGACGGUGAACUGCCAUGAAAAGCAGAAGUGCAAGGAAGAUGAUUUCAUGUGUAAGAAUGGCGAGUGCAUCAAUUCGAAAGAUCGUUGUAACUCGCAUUACGAUUGUGCCGAUCAGUCGGACGAGGAGGACUGCAAACCGAAAUAUGAUGAAUUUCUUUGUCUCGACGGGACUGCCAUUCCGAAGACGGUCGUAUGUGACGGCGAGUCCGAUUGCAUCGAUGGAGAGGAUGAAGCACCUGAGAGGUGUAAGUCAGAUGCGUGCCAACACGAGGAGUUUCGGUGCGACAAUGGCAAUUGUAUAUCUUCUUCGUUGAAGUGCGACGGCAUCGACGAUUGCCAUGAUGGCAGCGACGAGUGGAAUUGCUUAGAUACGAAGACAAAUUAUUCGGUUAAUUGCACCGCGGAUGAAUAUAAUUGUCUCGGCACUAAAUUAUGUCUUCCGAAAAAAGCAAGAUGCAACGGCGUAAUUGAUUGUAUGAGUCACGAUGACGAGUUCAAUUGUCCGUCCUGCUUCGACUCUGAAUUUACUUGCGACAACGGGAAGUGCAUUCCGAAGGAUUGGGUAUGCGAUAAUCGCGACGAUUGCAACGACAAUUCGGAUGAGGACAAUUGCGACGGUCGUAAAAAGAUCGUCAAGGAAUCCGAUGAAUGUUAUGAAUUCAAAUGUUCUAACGGCGCUUGUCUGCCGUACAGCAAAACGUGCGACGAUAUUCGAAACUGCCAGGACGGCAGCGAUGAGGACGGGAAAUGUAACAAUGCCUGUGCGGAGGACAAUAUUUGUAAAGAUAUGUGUUACAAAACUCCGAAAGGCGCAGUUUGCGGCUGUCAGAUUGGAUAUCGUUUAGCUGCUGAUGCGAUUUCUUGCGAGGACAUAAACGAAUGCAAGGACGACGUUUGCUCGCAAAUUUGUAAUAAUACCGAGGGCUCUUACAUGUGUUCGUGCUACGAGGGUUAUAUUAUCCGUAACGACAAAGUUUCUUGCAAAGCUAUCGGACCGGGAAUGGAAUUCGUCACCGUUACUGAUUAUGAUAUUAGGAUGAUUUCGUCUAAUUUUCACUCAGUUGAUAAGAUCUUCUCAUUAUCAAGAAUGAGUAAAAUCGAACCCGGAGGUCUUGACGUGAACGCAGUCAGCCGCUCUGUCUAUUGGAGUAACAGUGAAUACGGCACUAUUAACAAAUUUAGCAUUAAAACAGAGGAAAUAACCGCAUUUGCGAUUGUCGAGCGUCCGCACGCACUCGCGGUCGAUUGGAUUACUGAUAAUGUCUACGUCUACGAUAACAGCCGUCAGAAUACGAUUAAGGUAUGCAAUUUGGAGCAACAACGAUGUGUGGCGUUGAUCGAGAUAAAAGAUAAGGAGAAAAUAGGGUUUCUUUUAGUUGACGCUGUUAAUAGAUGGCUAUUCUGGUCUCAAAUGACUUGUCAAAUGAGCAAGCAAGCAAAAUCGUGUUCCACCAUAUAUCGGACAGAUUUGAUGGGCGUCGACAUGAAGAUUAUCGGUUCUACUGCAGGAUUUGUGACCGGGAUAACAAUCGAUUAUAUAAGAUCUAAAUUAUAUUGGUCGGACGAUCUCGGUAAAAUCGAAUCGUCUAAUUUGGAUGGAAGCCAACGCAGCACGUUCUUAAAUACAGAUUUGCCAGUUUUAGCUAUCAGUAUUUAUGAACAGAAGCUUUAUUGGCUGAAUCAAAAGGCUCAACUGCAAAUUUGUUAUCUGUAUGGUAAAAAAUCUUGCGACACGUUUAAUUUUGGAACAAAUAAUUUUCACAGUCACUUCACCAUUCUUCAUAUCUCAAGACAACCUAUCGCUAAAAAUCCUUGUGACGAAGAAUCUUGCGACUAUAUGUGCGUUCUGAAAAAGGAUAAUGCAACGUGCGUUUGUUCAGAUGGUGAACCGAUUGGAUCCAAUAGAACUUGCAUGAUGAACAUGAAUAGUGAGCCGAAACUUACAAAUCUAUCCACAAGUACACGCAGCGCAAGUGGCGUUUAUAGCAUAACAAUUAUCGUAUUGCUUGUUGGUGUUCUAUUAUUAUGCGUUUACUACUAUUAUCAGAAAACCAGAUUAAAAUUGAAAUCAACCAAUGAUCUUAGUUACAGCAACAUUCGCUUCCAAAAUCCGUCGUACGAUCGAAGAGACGAGGUUGAGGUAACACUCAACUCGGUAUCUUCAGAAUUGGCUCCUGGACAGCACGAAUAUGUUAAUCCUAUCGAUGAUAAAGUCUUAAGGAUGAAGGCCGCGACGGAAAGUAGACGGAAAUCAGAUCAAUAUCCGGAGGAAAAGGAUGCCGAAGAAACGGAGAAGCAAGAUGCGUCAUUGAUUUAUUUCUUCCAAUCAAAGUAAUUUAACUA